AAAUAUCAUUUUCGGAACUAAAUUCGUCAAUCACACGGAUUCUUCUCUCUCUUGUGACGCCAUUUUCAUCUCCUCUAUCUUACACUGUUUCUGUUCCUGAAAGUCAAAGCUGCCUUAAUUAUUGGAAUCCAUUGACUACUUCUGGAUCUUCGCUGCAUUAUGGAGAGGAAAAAUGAAGCACAAGUACUGAAAUUUACAGCAGAAACUUUCUGAUCCUCAAAAAACAGGAAACUAUGCUGAAUCUCGACAUGAUUACUGAUUCUGUUUCCUCCUUGGCCUUAUUGUUGUGCCUCUUUAUCCCACUCUUCCUCUUCAUCUUCCAUUUCCUCUCCACUUCUACCUUGUUUCCCUCUAAAACUAGUACCCCAUGCCCACAGUCUUACCCUAUUAUUGGAAACCUACCCGGCUUUCUCCGCAAUCGCCAUCGCUUCCCCGACUGGGUCGCCGAUAUGCUCUCCCAAACCCCAUCAUCCACCCUCCGAGUUCGCACCUUCCUCGACCUCUCCCAUGGAAUCUGCACGGCCAACCCCACCAACGUCGAGCACCUCCUCCACUCCAACUUCCCAAACUAUAUCAAAGGCUCUCGCUUCCACGACGUCCUCACCGAGCUCCUCGGCGAUGGCAUCUUCAACGUCGAUGCCCAUCUCUGGACUGUCCAGCGCAAGAUUGCCAGCCAUGAAUUCAACACCAAAUCCCUCAAACACUUCAUCUCCGACACCGUUGCAUCAGAAAUCUCGGACCGCCUCAUUCCUUACCUCUCUGCAGCCUGCGAGGAGAACAGAGCCAUCGAUCUCCAAGACGUGUUACAGCGAUUCGCUUUCGAUAACAUAUGUCAGGUCGCAUUCGGUGUGAACCCCGAGUGCUUGACCUCCGACAGCAUGUAUCAAAACCUCCCAAGCUCCAACUUUGUCAAAGCUUUUGAUGAUGCCGUGGAGAUUAGUUCCUCAAGGUUUCUGUCACCGUUGCCUUUACUAUGGAAGCUGGGAAGAUUUCUCAAUAUAGGCUCGGAAAAAAGAUACAGAGAAGCCAUAAAAGUAAUCGACCAAUACGCCAUGGAAAUCAUUCGGUCCAAAGAAGAAGAAGACAGUUCUGAAGUAACGCGUAAACAUCAAGAUCUGUUAUCAAGAUUCAUGUUCUCGACCUUGAAUGUGGAGUUUCAAGAUGAAAAACACAAGAGGAAGUUCUUGAGAGACAUAGUCUUAAGCUUCAUACUAGCCGGGAGAGACUCAACAUCCACGGCCUUGACAUGGUUCUUCUGGUUGAUGUCCGGCCAUCCUCGCUGCGCUAGUUUAAUACACGAAGAGUUGUCGUCGGCGCCGGAAAAACAGUCGGGAAUAUUCAGCUACGAGGAGCUGAAGAAGAUGCAUUACCUACACGCAGCUCUAACAGAAUCCAUAAGAUUGUUCCCACCAGUACCGAUCAAUUCGAGAUUAACGGUGGCCGAUGAUGUCUUGCCAGAUGGGACCCACGUCGGGAAGGGGUGGUUCGCCGAUUACUCUGCGUAUGCAAUGGGGAGGAUGGAUAAGGUGUGGGGAGAGCACUGUAGGGAGUACAGGCCGGAGAGGUGGUUGGGAGAGGAUGGAACUUUUAUGCCGCUGGAUCAGUUCAGAUUCCCUGUGUUUCACGGUGGGCCCAGGAUUUGUUUGGGGAAGGAGAUGGCUUACGUGCAGAUGAAGUCUGUUGCGGCGGCUUUGAUGUAUAGGUUUGAAAUCGUGGCCAUUGAUGGAGGUGCGAGUGCAGAGAAGAUGAAGAACCCGCCUUACAAGCUAUCUUUACUACUUAAGAUGAGGGGCGGCUUGCCUGUAAGGCUAAAGAGGAGACAGCUGUAAGAGAUGUUAAGUCAUUUGUCUUGUUUUGGACCUUUGGUGGUUUCCUUUCCUUAAAACAGUUUUUUAUCUGCUUCCCUUUCUUUUUAACUUUGCUAUUCAUAAAUUUUAUACAUCA